AUGAUAACGUUAGUAGUUAUAGUCUUAUCUGCUAUUCUUUUGUAUUUCUACAAUACAAGAACAUUCAAAUAUUGGGAGAAGAGAGGCGUGAAACAUGACCGACCCGUGCCUUUCUUCGGCAACAACAAAGAAGGAUUCCUUAUACGGAAAAGCAAAGUGCAACUCAACACGGAAAUGUACCACAAGUACCCCAAUGAGAAGGUGGUCGGUUUCUUCAGAGGAACGAGGCCGGAGCUGAUUAUUAGGGACCCGGAUUUGGUGAAACGUAUAAUGGUUACGGAUUUUGGAUCGUUUUUCUAUCGCGGAUUUGUUCCAAAUAAGGAGGUCAUUGAACCGGUUAUGAGGAAUCUGUUCAUUGUUGAAGGGGAUCUGUGGAAGAUGUUGAGGAUACGGAUGACACCAGCUUUCUCAAGUGGAAAACUGAAAGCGAUGUUUCCGCUGAUAGUGGAGCGCGCGGAGAAGCUGCAAUCCAGAACUCUGGAGGUGGUUGCGAGCGGAAAGAGUUUUGAUGUCAAAGAUCUGAUGGCAAGAUACACUACUGACUUCAUAGGCGCUUGUGCUUUCGGUCUAGAAUCCGACUGCCUGAAUGACGAAAACUCUGAUUUCAGAAAACUUGGCAGCAAAAUAUUCGCACCUGGUCUAGGCGACGCUUUAGUUGCGGUGUUGAAGGAAAUGUUUCCAGUUUUGUGUAAAGACUUAAGGUAUUUCUAUAGACUUGAAGACGAAGCUAAAGAAUUGUCACAGGAGAUUCAGAAGGCGAGAAAUUAUAAACCAAUCGGUAGGAAUGAUUACGUAGAUAUGAUGCUAACUAUCAAAAAUCAGGGGAAUGUGGAAAUUGAGUCGAUGGAGAAGAAAAAGGGGGACGGCUCACCUGAAAUGGUUUCGAUACAGUUUGACGAUGAUCUUUUUAUGGCGCAGCUGAUUAUGUUCUUCGCAGCUGGUUUUGAGACGUCAUCAUCAUCUUCCAGUAUGACGUUACAUUUUCUGGCUUAUCAUCCCGAAGAGCAAACGAAAGUACAAGAAGACAUUGAUAGAGUAUUAGCUAGAUAUGAUAACAAACUCUGUUACGAUGCAGUCAAAGAAAUGACUUAUCUAGAAAUGGCUUUAAAGGAAGGAAUGAGAAUGUUUCCAUCAGUUGGGUUUAUAUCCAGACAAUGUGCUAGGGAUUAUACUUUUGAAGAGCUAGGCUUUACAAUCGACAAAGGCAUAAAUGUUAUGAUUCCAGUUCAAGCUUUACACAUGGAUCCUAAAUAUUGGGAUAACCCUGAAGAAUUUCGCCCUGACAGAUUCCACCCAGAUAGUGAAAUAAGAAUAAAUAAUGAUAUAUACUUACCGUUUGGUAACGGUCCACGCAGUUGUGCAGGUAUUCGUCUAGGCCUCAUGCAAGCCAUGGCUGGGCUGGCAGCAGUACUAUCCAAGUUCACAGUGAAACCAGCACCGGAGUCCAGGCUGCAGCCGAUAAUAGACCCUAAGUCUGAAAUAGUGCAAGGUGUAGAGGGAGGCCUACCUUUAAUGUUUUAUAAAAGAAACGAGUCUAUAUGA